AUGAGUUUUAGAUCAUGGGAUUUGUAUGAGUAUCCUAUGAUUCCUGACACUCAAAAGCACGUGUGGACUGUAAAAACUUCAACACAAGUUGAAAAACCUCGAUAUGUUAUUCUUGGCUUUCAAACAAAUCGAAAAGAAGAUCGAGGAAGGUAUGCAAAUUUAUUUGAUGCCUGUAAUCUUCUCAAUGUUAAACUUUUCUUAAACUCACAGUACUAUCCUUAUGGAAAUUUAAAUUUAAAUUUUACUCAAAACAAAUUUUCCAUACUAUAUGAUAUGUAUUGUAAUUUUCAACCAUCCUACUAUGGAAAAGAAUCUGAACCUUUAUUAACUAGAAAUAACUUUAAAGAUUAUGCACCAUUGGCUGUUAUUGAUUGCUCAAAACAAAACGAAUUUCUAAAACAAGCAUCUGUAGAUGUGCGAUUGGAAUUUGAAGCAAAUGAAAUUUUUCCAGCCAAUACAGCUGCAUAUUGCCUUAUAAUUCACGACCGCAUUAUACAGUAUACACCAAUCAGCGGCGUUGUUAAAAAAGUAACGUGA